AUGCUUUAAAAUCAAAACUCAAAACAAGUAGUAUUAAUUGGGUAUAUUGGCCAUGGUAAAACAACUCUUUUUAAUAAAAUUUGUUAGAAAAAAUAACCUGCAUAAUUUGGUGGACCAUCUGUUACUAGAGAAUCAGUUCUUAGUUAAAGCGCUUAUGGAGAAGGUUUUAAUUUGAUUGAUACUCCUGGUUUAGGGACUGAUAUAGAUAAAUUGGCUCAUGUAAUUUGUAUUGGUACAGCUCUAACCUUUGGAUAAGUUCAUCAAAUUUUAAUAGUUGUUUAGUUAGAAAGGCUAGCAGCUAUGAAAGAGAAGCUAAGACCAAUGAUAUAAUAGUAAUUUAAAAGAUUCAAAGAUAUCAUCACAGUUGUUGUUACUCAUUGGGAUAAAGCAGAAGAACCAGAAAAAAGAAAAUAAGAAUUAACUGAUUUAAUUAAAGGGUAUAAUGUUAAGUCUAUGAUUUUCGUAUCAAAAGAAACAUCUGGAAAAGAUUUAUGUUAAAUGAUUGAGGUUAUUCUAUAGAAAUGUGAUUAACAAGGAAAAAUUUGUUAACUAUCAUAAGCUGAGAUAUAAUCUCAUUUUGAUAUUAUUGAUUUAACAGAUGAUGUCAUUGAUUAACUCAAUAACGCUAAGGGUUAAGUUAGUGUCGAAUUUGAUAAAAUUGCAAAAACAAUUAAACGUUUUAUUAAAAACUUUUCAGAUACUGAUCCAACAAUGCCUGAAGUUAUGCAUUAAUUAACACUAGCUAUAAAAGAUUAUGCUGAUCAAACAAUUUUAAAAUUUGAAAAAGAUAAUAUGGAUCUAUUUAAUGAUUUAUAUUCAAAAUUAGAGGAUGAUAAAUUAGUUUAUUUAAUAGAUGCUUAAUUAAAAUAAGAAUUAGUAUUGUAAGUAAAUGGGUUGAUUUCUCUUGCUUAAGAAAAGAUGAAACUUUCCAAAUAGCAAUGUUUUAAUUAUAUAAAAAAGUGUCCCCAUUGUGGAGAGAUUUGGAUAAAAGUCUUUGGAUGCGAAGAUCAAACAUUUUGUGGAUAAUUACCUGAAAUUGAAGAUGAUCAUUUCAAAUAAUCAAAGAUUCCCAGAAGAUUUCAAUUUUAAUUUUAAGAAUCUGGAGUCAUUUAUAAUGAUUUGAAAAUUUAAUUUUCAAAAUUAGAUAAAAGUGUACAAUCUUAGAAUUAACUUGAUGUUUUGCGAAUUACUUUCUUAGAAAUGUAAAGAGAAUAAAUGCAAUUUUUUGAAAUGUAAAGGCAAUAUAUUAACAAUCCUUAACAAAAUGAAAGGAGACCUAUUAGCAAUCGAUCAGAAUAUUUAACACCAGGAAAUAUACAACCAAGACCUAUACCACCUAGAGAUAUAUCACAAAUUUUAAUAAAUAAUUUUGAAUUCUUACUUUAGGACCUUUCAAUUUUUGAAAGAAAGGGUAAGAUUGGUUGUGGUAAAUCAUUUAUAUGGCGUGAAUUAAAACCUCUAUCCUAAGAAUAGUUAAAGGAAUUAUUAGAUCCAGGUGUGUUAGAUUAUUUGGCAAAUGUAGUAAAUGAAGAGAAAUAGGCUAAAUAGAUUGAAUUAGCAACAAAAAUUGAAAGUCUAAUGAAAACCAGCAAAGUAGUUAUUCUAGAAUGA